UAUGGCUGCCACUUCCGGGUGUGGGUGGGACACGUGGAGUGAAGAUGGCUCCAGGAGGAAAGAUCAACCGACCCAAAACAGAAUUACAGAGAAAUUUGUUUAAGAGACGGAGAGUUUUGAGGAAAGAGAAAAGGAAAAAGCGGCUGAUUGUGGGCGCGGUGAUUGAUGAGGGACUGAUCACCGCCCAUCACCUGAAGAAGAGAUGCUCGAGUAAGAGGGCGAAUAUCACACUCUCGGGGAAGAAGAAGAGGAAGUUACUGAAACAGAUUCAGCACAGUCAGAGGGAGCGAUCUGUCAUGGAUGUUGAACCUGCCCCACCGAGGAUAAAGCCAACCGACAGCAUGGAGAUGGAGAAAGGAGGCAGCAAGACGAGGACAGGAGGAAAGGGGGUGAAUGUGGAAAUGAAAGAUGAAGAAAUGCUGGAGCAGUCUGGUUGAAAAGAAAGAGGGGGCUUUGAAGGCAGUUUUGAAGCCCAGGGCUCAGACAGAGUUUGGGGGUGGCGAUCCAAAAGGAUCCUUCAAGAUCUACUGUUGUAGUGUGACUAUUGCCUGGCUCCAUAGAGAUUUCCUUGUCUUUGCUCUUCUGAAUUUGUCAAGUUACCAUUUGUCUGACUGAGUGCACAUGGACUACCAGUUAUUUUAACUGGAAAUAAAGAGAUGAUUAAUUGAUAACA